AACUUCUGUGGUGUGGUAUUUCACAUCUUCCUUAUCAUGUUGCUGUUGGAUGAGGGCCACUGCUCAACUACAAAUUCCUCAUUGGUGGAGGAGCAGAUUUUCAAUUACAUUGAUGAGCAUCAAGAUGCAUUUGUUAAGAAUCUUUCAGAAUGGGUUGCUGUAGAGAGCGAUUCUGCACAGCCACAGCUAAGAAAAAAAGUUGUAGAAAUGGUGGAGAUAACUGCAGCCAGUCUCCGAGGCUUAGGAGCUACUGUGACGCUCAACGCGGUGGGUUUCCAACAGCUGCCAAAUGGCCAGAGUAUUUCUUUACCUCAUGUUAUUCUAGCAAAGCUUGGAGACGACCCACUAAAACCCACUGUAUGUUUUUAUGGACACGUGGACGUCAUGCCUGCUAAAAAGGAAGAUGGAUGGAAAACUGACCCCUACAGUCUCACUGAAAUUGAUGGAAAACUUUAUGGACGGGGAGCAACAGAUAACAAAGGACCUGUCCUUGCCUGGUUACACGCAGUGAACACAUUCAAAGCACUAGACAUAGAUUUGCCAGUCAAUGUCAAGUUUAUCAUUGAAGGCAUGGAAGAAUCAGGGUCCAUUGGACUAGAAGACUUACUUGAAAAAGAAAAUGAACAUUUUUUCUCCGAUGUGGACUAUAUUGUGAUUUCGGAUAAUACCUGGCUCUCCACAAAAAAGCCAGCUCUCACGUAUGGAGUUCGGGGAAAUGCCUGCUUCAAUGUGCAGGUAAAAUGUGGUGAAAAAGAUCUCCAUUCAGGAACUGUAGGUGGCAUCAUCCAUGAACCAAUGUCAGAUCUGGUAGCCCUACUUGACAGCCUUGUGAAUUCAUCUGGUCGCAUUCUGAUCCCUGGAAUCUAUGAUGAUGUAGCUCCACUUAAUGAAGAGGAGAAGCAGCUGUAUGAGACAAUAGAAUUUGACCUGAAGGAAUACAAAGCUAAUAUUGGUGUAAAGGGAUUUCUUUAUGACACCCAGGAGCAAAUCCUCUUAAACUUGUGGCGAUUCCCAUCUCUCUCUAUUCAUGGAAUAGAAGGAGCUUUUUGUGAUCCAGGGUUCAAAACAGUUAUACCAUCAAGAGUCACAGGGAAAUUUUCUAUCCGGCAAGUUCCCUAUAUGGACCUUUCUAAAGUGGAAUGUCAGGUGAAAAAGCAUUUAGAAGAUGUAUUUGCUAAACGAAAAAGCCCAAACAAACUGACAGUGUCUUUGCAAUUGGCUGCAAAGCCAUGGAUUGCUAAUCCUAGUGACCCUCAAUAUGAAGCUGCUAAAAAGGCAAUUAAAAAAGUCUUUAACCAGGAUCCAGAUAUGAUCCGGGAUGGAUCAACAAUUCCAAUUGCUAGGAUGUUUCAGGACAUCACAAAGAAGAGUGUGAUCAUGUUUCCAAUUGGAGCAGUGGAUGAUGGAGAGCACUCCCAGGAAGAGAAAAUAAACAGAUCAAGCUACAUUAAUGGAAUAAAAGUGUUUGCCUGUUAUUUAUUGGAGAUCUCAAAGCUCCAUGGACAAUUAAAGGAAGCCUCCAGUUUGAAGACUGAUACAUGAUGGCCCAUGAAGAAACUAAUGUCUGUUGAUACUGUAC